AUUCGAGUCCCCAUUGUCAGACCUUUUGCAGCCCAUGGGUAAUCGAUUGUCUAGUUGAUUUCUACGCGUACUCGUAAUUGUCUAUGGAUUCGCAGAUGUUUAGGUUAGCGUCGGUCGGUCGGUCGGUCGGUGGGGGGUUCAAGUUCAAUGCUGGACAGAUUUCAGCAAACGAGUUUGCCAAUUGCUCGUUAGUCUCCCGCUUGAAGGACAAUCUGGCAAACAGUUUUGGCCAUAUAAAGCCGUAGACACGCCACAGCAUCAGCAACAGUCACUCGUCGACUUCAAAGCAAACACCAACCCAAAACGCAAACACCAAACCCCAAGCACCAAUCAACAUGUUCCGCUUCAUUGCCAUCUGUGCCCUGGCCACCAUUGCCGCCGCUGCUCCAGGAUUCGUUGAGCAGCACCAUGUCGGACAUGUGGUGGCCGCUGCUCCGGUCGUCACGAAGGUAGGAGCCGUCGUGCACAGCGCCCCGGUGGCCACCUCCCACCAGAGCUUCACCCAGUUCCACAACCAGGCCGUGAUUACUCCCGUCGUGAAGCACGUGGCUCCCGUGGUUCCUGUGGUCAAGACCUUUGCCCCCGUGGUGCCGUCUCCCGUGGUGCACCAUCAGACCUAUGUCGCCGCCCCCGCUGUCCACCAUGCUGUCCCAGUGAUCAAGUCUGUGGCUCCCGUCGUUCAUCAGACCUAUGUGGCCCCUGCCGUCCACCAUGUGGCUGCUGUGCCCGUCGUCAAGGCCGUGCCCGUCGUCAAGGCCGUGCCCCAUGCCGUCUCCCACCAGAGCCACGUCCAGAUCCACCAGAAGGCCAUAAUCGCCACCCCCGUUCUGAAGACCAUCGCCACCCCAGUGGUGCCUGUGGUCAAGGUCGCCGUGGCCGCCGCCCCCGUCACCCAUGUCUACCAUCACUAAAGAAUUCCCUGAAAAUCUUUUUUUUGACUCGAUUGUUGGCUAUUUGAAUAAAUUUAUUGUUAAAAUUGCAA